UUUACGCACGGCCGAUCGACACAUUAUUUUAAGUUAGUCUUUGUUGAGCUUGUCGGGUUACGUGUUCUCGUGCGUCUAGCAUUUCUUAUUUGGAUAUAUACUUUUUGUUAAAUAUAGAUGAUUAUAGACACGUCCACUAUUUAAAAUUGUAUAGUGAGUGUUUAGUGCGUGUUUGAGAACUAUUGAGGCAAGGUAUCAAUAAUUAUCAUCAGUCUAACCUCUUUUUGUGCCCAUACUAACACUAAUCCAAAUCCUUACGGCUGAUAUUAUAUGUGUGCCUAUUUUCCUGUGAGGAGACAUUGACGAGCAUGGCGCCGAUUAAGUUCGGUCUUUUCAAAGCCAGGAGUAGAGACCAGCAGGAGCAACCGUCUACUGAAAAUCUUCUACAGUCAAGCAAUAGCAUCGAUCAAGCUGGCUCCCCUGACUCACCAAUACCAUCAACCAGCAAGGGUCUAGAGGAGGAUUUGUCACCUCUGGACUUUGCUGAAUUGAACCUGAAUGAUGAUGAUGAUAUGAACUACCGUCAUUUCCAGAACCCCUCUCUAACAUCAACAGCUACCCUCAACGAAAACCACAUAAACGACGAACCAGCUACACACAGAGACGCCUCCACGUCCUACGACGCACACUCCUCACAAUUAGACAUAAACUCGUCACAGUUUGACAUUAACUCCUCACAAUUUGACAUUAACUCCUCACAAUAUGACAUAAACUACGACGCGUCAGAAUUCGACGCGUCAUCGAUCGCGCCUAGCGAGGAUUUGUCUGUCUACUGUGCGAUGAUGAAGAAGCCGAAGAAAAGUAGGUCUAAGGAACAGCAUUUGAGGGAUAUUGGUAUGUGGCAAGCGACCAAUAUCGAGGUGAUGCAGAAUCUCCUAAACCGUAGAGGAACACUGGACGAACAAAUAAAAUGGGAGGCAAUCGCCACCGCGCGUGGUUUGUGCACGCUAACAGACAAUUGUACAUGCGCCGACUGCAGUGGGGCAAAAUACAUGUCCGGGAUCAGCGAGGAUGACGGGGGCAUGGCGGCGGCACCGCUUCUCAGUGCCCUCAACAUGGGAUGUCAAAUACAAUAAGUUCACGACCUUUUCUGACCAUAGACUGUUAUAUUUCUGUAAUUUAUUUAUCAGUACCCACUGCACUGGUCUUCUUACAUUAGAAGUAUGAACCAUACGGAUUUAGAUUUCGCGGCAUGGGGUCAAAAGUCAAACGGUUAAGACUGUAUGUAACACCUAUAUAACAAA